ACCUUCCCUCUCUCCCUCUCUCUCUCUCUCUCUCUACCACCCCACCCUUUAUAAACAUCACCUUUCUUUCACUUGCCCCAAAAUUCAAAUCAUCUCUCUUUCUCUCUCUAAACCCUCCCCUGUUUCUUACAUGAUCCAGCUAUAAGCAAAGCAACAAGACUCUGUUUUUGCUCUGGUUUUUUUACAAUUCUGAACUUAAGCCAUGGCAACUUGUGUUUGUCUGCUAUACUUGUUUCUCUUUCCCACAUGCUGGCUUACGGUUUCAAUGUCAGAAACGCUACUUCUUCCUUUAAAUCAUGCAUUCUCCAAAACCCAUUUCACUACCCCACACCACCUCCUCAAAACCACCUCUGCUCGCUCCGCCGCCCGAUUCCGCCACCGUCAUAAGCAAGUUCCACUUCCUCUUUCCUCCGGUAGCGACUAUACUCUUUCCUUCACUCUCGGCUCCCCUCCUUCCCCGACUAUUUCCCUUUACCUUGACACAGGCAGCGACGUUGUUUGGCUUCCUUGUUCUCCAUUUGAAUGCAUCCUCUGCGAAUCAAAAGCACCACCACUCUCUCCUCCACUUAACCUUUCCGCCUCAGCCACUGCUGUCCCAUGCAAAUCCUCCGCCUGCUCAGCUGCUCACUCUUCCCUCCCUUCCUCUGACCUUUGCGCCAUGGCACGUUGUCCCCUCGACGCCAUCGAAACCUCUGACUGCAACUCCUUCCCUUGCCCUCCUUUCUACUAUGCCUACGGUGACGGCAGCUUAAUCGCCCGUCUCUAUAAAGACUCUUUAACUCUCCCAAACUCUCUCUCUAUUCAAAACUUUACUUUUGGUUGUGCCCACACCACCUUGGCUGAACCGGUUGGUGUCGCCGGCUUCGGUUUUGGCCGGCUCUCUUUGCCGGCUCAGCUUUCCUCCGUGUCUCCUCAACUUGGCAACAGAUUCUCCUACUGUCUAGUUUCUCAUUCGUUCGAUUCUGACAAAGUUAGGCGACCAAGUCCACUGAUUCUUGGUCGGAACGAGGAAAAAGAAAAGCAGUUUGGUAAUGAGGUUGUUGAGUUUGUCUACACCGACAUGCUUCACAAUCCUAAACAUCCUUAUUUUUAUUCUGUUGGGUUGGAGGGAAUCUCUGUCGGGAAGAGGAAUAUUCCGGCGCCGGAGAAUUUGAAGAAGGUUGAUAGGAGAGGAAGCGGAGGGAUGGUAGUGGAUUCAGGAACAACUUUCACGAUGUUACCGUCGAAUUUAUAUGACUCAGUGGUGAAUGAGUUUGAUCACCGAGUCGGACGAUUUAACGAGCGGGCGAGUGCGGUAGAAGAGACAACGGGGCUAGGUCCGUGUUAUUACUAUGACCAGGUAGCCAAAGUGCCUGUAAUUAGCUUGCAUUUCGUGGGGAAUGGAUCCCGGGUGUUGUUGCCUAGGAGGAAUUACUUUUAUGAGUUUUUAGACGGUGGUGAUGGGAUUGGGAAGAAGAGGAACGUGGGGUGUUUGAUGUUGAUGAACGGUGGUGAUGAAGAGGAGUUGAGUGGUGGACCAGGGGCCACUCUAGGGAAUUAUCAGCAGCAAGGAUUCGAAGUGGUUUAUGAUUUGGAGAAAAGGAAGAUUGGAUUUGCAAGGAGAAAGUGCUCUUCUUUGUGGGAUAGCUUCAAAAAUUAAGUUUACUUUUGGGUACCUGUGGUUUAUAUUAUUAUAUGCACUUCAAUUUUUGCUUUAUAAACUCUACUACCAUCCUGUAUAUUUAAAUGUUGAUGAAGCAAAUAUUGAAGUGCAAGGAAAAUAAAAUGUAAAUGUUUGUGCAUAUCGGGGACUGAAAAUAAAAUAAUAAUACAUCCCAUUUUACAAA